AUGAAGCAAGAGGCUCCAUCAUCUGCUGAAAAAAUAGCUCCAAAUGUAACAAAUCAAAGCAAACGAUGGGGGCCUGCUGCAUCUGUAACACUUGUUCAUCAACUUAUAGAAGUUUUAUUUACUAGAGGAAUUCGUCGUGGUUCAAUUCCAAUUGAACAACAAGACCUGAGAAUGCGAAAAGCAUUGGUGAGAAAUUGUUUAGCAUAUGAUAAAGGUUUAAGAUUUUUCUAUUCUUAUGUUACCAUUUCAGAUGCUAAAAAGUCUGAUUUAUUGAUACAAGAGUUGUCCUGUCUUAAUUGUACGAUUGCAUGGUUUCUACAAUCGGUGAAAGAAGUUCUUCAAGUUGAGACAAACUCAAUUCAUCUCUUCAUUGUUCAAGAUGGUCGUCGAUAUCCCUACUAUGAUACUGAUUUGGAUGAGCAUAUUCAGGCUUAUUCAAAAUGCUUACAGGAGAUAAUCGUACAACUGGAUAUAAAUGAAAACAUCAUAUUAACAUCACAUGACAAGUUAGAGUAA